AAUUACUGAUGAUGAUGAUGAUGAUCUACAAACUCAGAUUUUACCAUAUAGCCCCAUCAUGAUGUUUUCCCCCAGCUUCCACUGUGCGUGCCAGAUCAUGAUGAUAAUCAGCCUCUUUCAUCUGUUGAAAAAAGAGGAUGAAAACUUUACUACAAAUUGACCAAGCAGCCGCCUUUUACCCAGCUAGCUGCUGCUCUCCAUGACUUAGUCGAUAGAUCUAAGCUGAGCAUUCUUGAAGACUUUUUUGGGACUAUGGCAAGCAUAUUAUUAUAUGCAUUCUCAUCCUCAUUUAUGUUGGAUAAUCAAUAGCUAGCCUGCUCGCAGCAUGCCAGCUGAGAAGAGUUUCUUUGCCUCAUCCCAAUAAUGAGAGAAGUAAGAUGAUCACAAAAUCAAGAGACAAAGAUGUUCAAGCUAAGCAAGAAAGCCCAACCGAUUACAGAAAGUGUACUUCAUCAAGGCAAUGGUCAAGAUCUAGAAAUCCAAGGAUUGUACGUGUCUCUCGUUCUUUUGGAGGAAAAGACAGGCACAGCAAGGUUUGCACCAUAAGGGGAUUGAGGGACAGAAGAAUUAGGCUUUCAGUGCCCACAGCAAUUCAGUUGUACGAUCUACAAGAAAGGCUGGGGCUUAGUCAGCCCAGCAAAGUCAUAGAUUGGUUGCUUGAUGCCACUAAACAUGAUAUUGAUCAACUUCCACCACUACCAAUUCAUCAGGGAUUUGGUCAAUUCCAUGAACAAUUUUCCCAUGAACCAAGCACAUCUGAUCAGUACUCUUCUGUCAUUUCUUCAUUCGAUGCAAAUGCUGCAUUUAUAAAGGAAGUUGCUGAUAAAGGAAAGUGGGUCAAAACAAAUGAAGAAGAUCAGAUUCAGUAUGGAAUUGGUGGACAAAAUCCAAAUCAAAAGCUUUUCCCUACGCCAAAUCAUUCCUAUUCCUCUUCCUUACCAGGAUUGCUAAACAAUGCCGUGGCCUACAAUUCUUACUAUAAUUCUGAGCCUUCUGCUUUAUCUUUAUCUCAGUUUGAAAGCCAUGGAUUAUCUCCAUCACAUAUAGAUCAUCAUUCCCAUACAAGCAAUGCCAUACCAGUACAGCUUCCAUCUGGGUCUCAAUAUUUUUUCUGUCCAUCUUCAACAACAUUACCAGCAGUUUUUACUCCAUAUCCUUCCUAUAUUUCGACCCUAAUAGAGAGUGACCCAAGACAGAUCAACCAUAUCCAAUUGUUGAGCUCAAGUUCACAGCAUGUUCUACCUCAUCAUCCUGGCCUCAUUCCAUCUCUUCAUUCAAUUGGAUCACCUUUGAAGCCCUUUGCAGCAAAUGAUCAGAAUCCCAUGCUAAUUCCUCAAUCACAUCCCAACAAUCAUCAGAGCAAACUGGAUCGAUCAUAAGGAUAGCAGUGGUUCUUAAUUAUUUUGCCUUCUUGAUAUCAUUCUACGGUUAGCUUAUCAUGGAUGGAUAUGUUCAACAACUGGCAGGCCAGAGAGGAAUCAUGAUCAGUUACAAGUAAGACACUCAAAACAAAACAAAAAAAUUCCUGCAUCUAACCCAUGAUUUGCAGAAAAUGGUGAUCAUGAUCAUGUCAAUACAUGCAAGUUUGUAAUGAUUAUAGUACUUGAG